UUGCGCUUUUUGACGGGGAUUCUUUUUUUUCCUUCUUAAUUUCGUUUCUUAUUACUAUUUUUUUGUCUCCAGUUUCCUCCGAUUUCUUGUCUUUGCGUCAUUGUUUCAAGGAAUGGAAAUGGUGAUUUGUUUCGGUGUAUGUAAUUCUGGGUCGGUAGGAUUUAAAAUCCUUUUCGGUUGUAAUUUAUGUUUUUUUUUUUAAAAGCUGCAAGUAUAAUAAAUAUUCUACAUCUAUAACAAUGCUUUCGUUUUUGCCUUUCGAAGACUCCGUUAUCUGUAUCUGGCAUGAGAUUAACCUUCCAAAAAAUGAUAAGUGAAUUGGUUUUGGUUAAACCUGGAGGGGAGGGAGAGAAAUAUAUAAAGAAUGGAUUGAAAAUCCGUUGGAUCAUUUUUGAUGCGUUUUUUUCUUUUUAAUCGAAACGAAGAAGUUGAGGAGUGGGCAAUACUCUUAAUAGGGAAUGCAAGUACAGUAGAUUUACAGAAAUGGUCGAAUUUUGGUGAGGGAAGGACGAAGGAAACUCAGGCCUUUGUGUUUUUAUCAGGCUUAAUUUCACCCUCCCUAAAUUGUAUAAUCUAGGAGAUUUUCCGAAUUGAACAUGGUUUUCCAAAACUCAGUCGACGGAGCCAAUUUUUCCUCACAAGAGUCCCUUUUCUCCGUGCCGGUCUCGUGUUUCGCCGGCUGGAGGGUCAGGGAGAAGGGAAGAUGGCGCUGCCUGGCCAUCGGCCAGGAUUUGUGGCGCAGUUCCUUCUCUUUCGUUCCCUGCCGCCGCCAUUUUGAAAUGCUUUUAAUACGAGGCUUUCCCCUUCGGCUGGGGCGUCGUCUUCCUCUACUUCGUGGAGUUGCUUUCCAUCUCUCAAAGUAGAGCAAAAAUGGAAACGGGGACCUUCUUCACCUUUAUGAAAUGGAUUUCCAAAAGGGUGAAAUAUCUUCUGAGACAAAUUUAAUUUGUCUGGAGAGAAAAUCGUACGGAGGUUGAGGGUGCCACGUAUUUUAAUGCUUUUAACAAUUACAAGCCCGAUUUCUUCUUGUAUAGGACAACUAGCAUUCGUUUUAAAAAGUUCUUCCGUCUUUAUUUUCAUUUAUAAACUAUCUUCUUACGAAGAAUACUAGUGGUUAUGGGGACAAAUGGCAAUUAUCACUUCUGUUAAAUGAUGUGAACUCCUUUUAUAGAAAUUACCAUCUUGUGUUCCCCACCAGAUUAGGCUGUAAAUCCUUGAAAUAGUUCAGCUUCGAAUGUAUAAAUCACAUAGAGAAAAAUAUCUAUGUGAUGCAAGUAACUUUAAAGACAAGCAGCGUGUGAUCUGUGGAUUAAAAAUGGAGGACCUUGGGAAAUUGGAUGGCCUUUCAAAUUUUUUUAUAAUUACACAAUUUUACAUGUGUCAGUGAGGUCCUUUUCCAGAAAACCUAGUAAGGGAGCAUAAUAAAACUUGACUACAGUUUUUCCUACCUUCCACUGUCAUUAGAUUUCUGUUUUUGAAGGCUUCGUAAAGAAGUAAAAUAUAUUUAUUUAAAAUACAAGUAGUCUUAAAUUCUGUCAUCUCAAAAUACUUAAUUGAAGUGGUGGCAAGUGUUAAUAUAACUGGUCUUUUGUUUAUUUUUUUAGAUAUUCAAUUUCACAGGAAACAAAAUGGGCAAACAGUAGUAGAUAUAUUGCAUUUUCCAGUAAUUUUCUACUAUUAAGUCUUUCUUUGAUCUUCUAAUUUUUCAGAAUUAAUUAAAACCUUUUGAAUAAAUGUAAGAAACGAUUAAUAUUAGGAAACAAUUGGCUUGAUUAAAUUUAAUGUGACAGCAAUGAAGUUAAUUCCAUCUAUUUGUAGAGCCAUUAAUUUCCUCAAUGGAAAAAAGAUGAUUUGGACUUGGUUUAUUAUUAUGUUUCCUAAUAAAUAACUGAUGCAAUAAAUAAAUAAGAGUAGUUCUUCAGCAAAGUUCUAAGUGUUAGUGUUGAUCAUUAGGCUACAUCUUUCAUUGCUUUUUGGCAUUCUAAACUGGAGAGUGCAGUUAACAUUGCACCUAGGCAAUUCUUUAAAAGAGGUUUGUCUAGCACAUUGGUUUAGUAGUUGUCUUAAUAUAUUUGGUGUAAAAUAUAUCGAGAAAUCAAGGAAAAAGAUUAAAUUAAAAAAUUCAGAUACAUUGUUUAGUAACAUUUCAGUUUUCCUUCCAGGAAUUAUUGUACAUUUUUCUGUGUAAUCCCCCUCCCCCACCCAUUUAAAAUAUUUAAUAGCAGUUUAGUAAAUUAUAUAGUAAAUUCAAUAAAAUACCUGACUUCAUUAAGUCUCAUGAAAGAAAAGGAUUUCUUAUUUGGCAAGUAAUUUAAAUGGCAUCAAAGAAACUAACUUUGAAAGGAGACAUUGUGAAAAAUUGUAUUUUAAUUGGGCAUAUACCUGGCAUAUACUUCAUUUUAGUUAAAUAUGUUUUGUUAGGCCUAGAUUUAUGCAGCAUGCAUAUUUUUCAAACACUGAAAAGAUGAGCUUCUGGGUAUAUUUAUCAUUUCCAGCAGCAGAUCUUACCACAUAGAAAUCCCAGGACACAGUAUUUAUGUUCAAAGGGUGACAUUGAUUUCUAUUAAUGUUUCCUCGUGCUAGAAACCACCUUAAAUCUAAAAGCAAACCAUACUUUCAACCAGAAAUGUUUCUUUUUUCUAAGAUACGUAAAAAAGCUUUACAUCAUGUAUAAAACACAUAUAGAAAGAAAUUAUGGGAAUUGGCAAGUAAUGAGAAUACCAGUUUAUAACAUAUAUAAAUUUUGUCCAUUUGAUAAUUGGCCCAGACUACUAAAACUAAUUUACAUAAAAGCUUAUUUAGCUUUUAUGAGAUAGUGCUUAUUUGUUCUGCCAAUCUUAGGAGUGCUGCUUCUUAUUCAUAUACAGGUAAAGUUAACAUUUACUCAUAUUCUCAAUCAUGGUUAUAAUUCAUAUGUAGCGCAGGUGGUGUUCACAGUUUAGACAUUCACAAUCUUUUAUUAUGUCAUUUUGAUAAAAUAAAAAAACUUUUGAAGAACUUAGUUUAUCAAUUCUUUGGGAAAGUCUAACUAUUAGAAUAAUAGCACAACAGAAAAAAACCAUUUUCAACCAGUUGUCUAAUUUUAGAUUUAUUUCUGAAUAGUGUAAUUUGUAUUAAAGAAAUUACAAAAUUAAAAACUGAAAACAUCCUGUUUUGACACUGCAAUUGGGCUACCCAGUAGUGCUUCAUAUUCAAAUCUAAAGAAGUUCCUUGAUGUGUAGGAGAGGCCCAUACAGCUACCUUUUGGUAUCAGAUCUAAAGUUUUAUACUGUGCAGCCCUAAUCUGUUAGUCAUAAAUCUUGGUUUACAGCAGUCACUUUUUCAUAGAUGGAUUCCCCACCAGUAAACAGUGGCAAAUUUGAAAUUUGGUAUAAUGGGAAGCAGGCAUCUAUACUUCUAUAAUGUAAUCAUUUCUGUUUCUAACAAUUUUAAUUGCUUUGUUUCAAGUAGAAUAAAAGAUUGCUUGUUCUAUUUUUAUUCUUUUUAACUAGAAUUUAUAACUGAUAAAUGAUUACAUUUGUUUUACUUUGUUACAAAACACAAAGGAUGGUAUGAAAGAUUCAGUGUACGUAUAUGCAUUUGUAGAUUAUGCAAAUACACAUAAUGAGCAUGUGCAGAUUUUUUAAUUUUUAAUUUUGAAUCUAAAGAAUAAUGUGGCAGUUGUUAACUGAUAACCAAUCUAUUCAAUUUAUUUAUAUGUCCCUAUUCCAGUAUGUGAGCUGGACAUACACUGGGAAACAUAUCAUAAGGCCGAUGAUACUGUCUAGCUUUAAGCUCACAAUCUAGAGAAGCUAUAGAUACACUGCCACACUACCAGAAGUAUAAAUGCAAACUAAUGAAUAACUUGACAACUUCUCACAAAUAAAUUGUCAGGAGUAAAAUUAAUGUGCAAGAGGAAACAAUAUGUUUCCAAUUUCCUGCAUUCCAGUAGAAAUUACCAAAACGUAUACAAGCACAUUUAAUAUGUAGUAGAACCUUUUAUACAUGGACAUUCUGCAACUUCUGAGGGGCAAAAAGCAUUGUAUUAUAGUAUAUGAACAAUCCAGUGAGUGGAAAUCUGAUUAGGGAGUGCUUUCUCUACCUUUCAUUUGAUUAAAGGAACACAUACUCGGUGUAUAUAGGGAAUUACACAUUCUUACUCCAUAGACGUUGGUUGUGUCAUUUGUGUUCAUGUCUCCUCCCAUCUAUCUAUCCAAGUAAGAAAAUAGUAAUAUUUGAUACUUUAUUUUAUAUUUAAGCCAAUGCUUGAAAAUAUACAUAUUAAAAAAGCUUACAUAUAUUCUUCAUAACAAUGGGAGACAAAUGAUAGACAACGUGUUUGUAAUAAUACUAAUUUAUCCUUGAAAUACUACUAUGCAAUAAGCUAUCGAGAUUCUGAAUCUAAUGCAAUGUCCAUUGCUUAACAUAAUUUUAUCAAAAUAAUAUCAAACAAUUUCAAACUGCUGUAAGUAACAUAGAAUAUAGUAACAUUCUUAUACUUCAAAUAAUAAUUUGGCAUAUGGAUAUAGAUGUAUGGAAUUACUGUCUAGAAAAAGAUUGGAUUCUACUAAGCUAUGUUUUUUUAAAAACAUGUUUUCUUUAAUAAAAUUUGGUUGAGUUUACAAUGUGCUAAAGAAACAAUUUCAUGGUUUUAAAUAAAAUGUGAAAAUAUAUAGAGAGAAUACAGUUGAUCAGAUUAAACAUCCCUAAAGGAUGUAUACAAAAACCUACAGAGAUAAAAUAAAUUUGAGGAAGGAAAGAGAAAGAAAGAAAGAAAGAAAAAAGAGAGCCAGUUUGGUGUAGUGGUUAAGGUGCUGAUCUAGAAACCCGGAAACAGAGAUCCAGGCUUGCUUUAGGCAUGAAAAACCAUUUACUUUCUCUUAGCCCAGCUCAUAGGGUUGUUGAGGGGAAAGUAGAAGAAGGAAAGAGUAUUGGUAUGUUAGCCACCUUGAGUUGUAUAUGAAAAAAAGUGGGAUAAAUUAAAAAAAAAAUGGAAUGGGGUGGAUAGAACAGAAGGAACAAGUUGCAUUUUGUGUUAAAUGUCAAUUACACUGUGUUCUUUUGCAGCACUUUACUUUGCCUUGCAAAGGUGAUGGCAGGAAAACAAGGCCAAUUAAAACUAUGAGGUGUAGUUCUUCCUUAAAUCAUUUAUCUGUUAUGCAGCCAUUAUAUUCCAGAACAAAAUCCUAAUUGUCACAAGAUCCAGGCACAUGAAAUAGUUGAGCUGUGCAGGAAGAUAGAUUAGAUAUCUCUUUGCUUUGGCUUUCCUAUGCCUUUAAGAGCACUUUAGGUAAUAAAGUCAGUACAUGAGAUAUGAAGAUGAAAUGUUUUAUUGGUUAUGUUCUCUACAUGCUUAUAUCCUUCAUAAUAUAUCACAAUAUCUAGCAUAUAAAGAGAAUUUGAAAUAUAAGAUUUCAGCUUCACAGAGGAUAUUUUUGAAAAUCAUAGUCUCUGAACCACAUGUUGAUAUGUCCAACUCGGAGAGCUUUUGUACCUUUAAAAUACAUGUUCCACCUUGUCACUGUCUGCUCUUGUACUUCAUAAUUCACAUCUAUUGGAAAGAUUUCAUGAGAAAAAAAUCGCAACAGUGACCAAAGUUGAAGCUAUAAGAUUCUUGAUUGGAAGAUGGAAAGCAUGUUUGAAAAUGUGGAGUGUGCAACUAGGAGACAGUUGUAGAAUUCUCUGAACAAAGCAUCUGGAUGCACUUCAGGUGAUUUAGGAUCAGUCACGGACAUACUAUGGCACAAUGAGCAUGAAUCAGCAGAAAGUCAGUAUUUUCAUUCAUUUGGAUGAAAUAGAAAAAUAUGUUAGUAAAUAAUGCAAUACAUAUCUGAAUUUGGCAAAUCUCUUGAGUUAGAAGAAUAGAAUGGGCAAAUACACUCAGAUUUGGGAAUUAUUUGUUGUGAGCCAUCUAAUAAACCUAACUGGUGCACCAAAUAGCACAAACAAUUCAUCUCGUAAAACUGGAAACACUCUUAAACACACACACAGCUCUGCACUGUUUAUAAUAUUGUGUGUGACAAAAAUCAAUUAACAGUAUAGAGUUGUGAAUUAGCUAAAAUGCAGUAAAAAUAAGCCAUUCACAGGCUAAACAAACAAAUGGAACACACAAAAAUAGAUCAAUGUGUGGAACAUCAUUCAAUUUAGGUCCACAUUGAUUAUACAAGACAAAUAGGUAAAUAUUUUGGGGAUGGUAGCAACAUUAUAUUUUGACUUUUCCAUGACAAUACUUUGGGGAAGAAAAAUUGAAAGAUAGUACCAAUACAAAUUGGGAUUUGGGUCUUCAUUUCUGUUUUUAGGCUGUGGUCCAGAAAUGCCUAUACCUAGCUUGGAUUACAGAUACAGAUUAGUAGUAGAAGUAAGCAUGUAUACUAAUUUUAACUCUGCAUUCAUCAGCACACCUCAGAUAUCUGAGGGAUUGGGAGGAUUUUUGGAACAGAUCUAAAUCGUUCUUCAGAGGUGUGGUGGAGGAGGGCAACAAUAAAUAAGGAAAAUUAGAUUCCAUAUUACUGGAUGUAGCCUACUACAUAGUCACCUUCCAGUACAAUAAAUUAAUAUGGUAAAAACACUUUCAUGUUGUCAUGGAUGAUGAUGAUGAUGAAGCCUGUCUCUUUGAUCUUAUCGGAGAUCCACAGGCACUGAAUUACUUUCUACACGGAGGGGGUAGUAAAUCUAACAGUGAAGACUUGAGUAACAUAGGAUAUUCUGCAGCCAACUCAAAUUCCAUUUUUGCCAAUACCAGUAGCUCUGACCCUAAGUCAUCAAUCAAAGGUGUUGGUGGUCAGCUUGGAGAAGGGUCUAAUGAUGGACUACAAUUGCCAAGUACUCUUCAGUUUCUUGAUGAUGAACUUGAAUCAUCUCCAUUGCCUGAUCUUAGUGAAGAUCAGCCUUUUGAUAUCCUCCAGAAAUCUUUGCAAGAAGCUAAUAUUACUGAGCAGACUUUGGCAGAAGAGGCUUAUUUGGAUGCCAACAUAGGCUCCAAUCAACAGUUUGCACAAACACAGCUUCAUCCUUCCUCAUCAGCAUCUUUUACUCAGGCUUCUAAUGUUUCUAAUUACUCAGGUCAAACGCUGCAACCUAUUGGAGUUACUCAAGUAGUACAGCCACCCGUUGGAGCAUCUUUUACAAGCAAUACAGUUGGUGUGCAACAUGGCUUUAUGCAACAUGUGGGGAUCAGUGUUCCCAGUCAGCAUUUGUCAAACAGUCAGAUUGGUAAUUCUGGACAAAUACAACUAAUUGGUUCAUUUAGUAAUCAACCUUCUAUGAUGGCCAUAAAUAAUCUUGAAGCAUCUCAUAUUAUAUUGAAGGGUGGCGGACAACAAGCACCUGCAAAUAUGAGUGGUGGACUUUUGGUUCAUAGACAAACUCCUAAUGGCAACUCAUUAUUUGGCAAUUCAAAUUCAAGCCCAGUAGCACAACCUGUAACUGUUCCAUUUAAUAGUACAAAUUUUCAGGCUUCUUUGCCUGUACACAACAUCAUUAUACAGAGGGGUCUUGCUCCAAAUUCUAACAAAAUUCCCAUCAAUAUUCAACCCAAACCAAUUCAGAUGGGACAGCAAGCCACUUACAAUGUAAAUAGUUUAGGAAUACAGCAGCAUCAUGUACAACAAGGGAUUCCAUUUGCUUCAUCAAAUUCUCCUCAGAAUUCAGUAGUUGGUCCACAUAUGUCUGUUAAUAUUGUUAGUCAACAAAAUUCAAGAAAACCAGUUACUCCCCAAACAGUAAGUAAUGCCAGUGGUAGCAUUGUUAUCCAUUCUCCAAUGGGACAACCUCACACGUCUCAGAAUCAGUUUCUUAUACCCACAAGUCUGUCUGUAAAUCCCAGUCCAGUUCAUCAUGUCCAGACUGUAAAUGGACAGCUGCUUCAGAAUCAGUCUUCACAACUUGUUUCCAGCCAAGUAUCAACUGAGCAUGUUAUGUUAAAUAGAAACUCUACGAAUAUGCUCAGAAGUAACCAAGCAUAUUCAGGACAAAUGCUGAAUAAUCAGAAUGCUGUACAGUUAGUUUCUGGUCAGACAUUUGCUCCUUCAGGAAACCAAGUUAUAGUCAACCAUGGAACUUCUCAAAUUGUUGGUGGUCAGAUUCCAUUACAACAAUCCUCUUCCGCUGUAUUACAUUUAUCUCCAAACCAAGGAAACCUUUCCCAAGGCAGAACAGGAUUUUCAGCAGCAUCUCCUGGACAGGCAACUGGUUCAAAUAUAUCUUCAAGUAAUCGUUUUACUGUUGUGAGUUCCUCUGCUACGGUACAUCCAAACAUUGGCUCAUCAGUUCAGUCUGUAGCUUCAAGUGGAAACUUUGCUGGAGAUCAACUUACACAGCAAAAUAGAACUCAGUUGUCAGUCAGUGUAUCACAUCGACUUCCAGUUUCUUCGUCAAAACCUGUCAGCACUUUCAGUCAUGCAUCAAUAACCCAGCCACCAUUUUCGUUUGGACAGAUUCAAAAAAAAGCAACCAACCUGGCAUCUUCAGUUGCAUCAUCAAAAUCACAGGACAACUUGAGACAACCACAGUCAACAAAUCUUUUAGGACAAGAUGCUGGAGCCAAAGUCAUACAACAACCUAUAGGAACAGUGUUACCACACCAGGAAAAAACAGCAGGGUCAUCGCUUGCUCAAACAAAUGUGCAGGUGGAUGGUCAUAUAGUAGGACAAAAAAGACCUGCUGCUAAACAAUUAACCAAAGGAGCCUUCAUUCUACAGCAAUUACAGAAGGACCAGGCACAGGCUGUAACUCCUGACAAAAGUCAGUUCAGAUCUUUAAGGGAUGCAGUCCAGAGACUUCUUUCAUAUCAUGUGUGCCAGGGAUCACCGCCAACUGAAGAGGAUUUAAGGAAAGUGGAUAAUGAAUUUGAAUCUGCGGCAACACAGCUUCUGAAAAGAACACAGUCAAUGCUAAAUAAAUACAGAUGUCUUCUGUUGGAAGAUGCAAUGAGGAUAAAUCCUUCAGCAGAAAUGGUAAUGAUUGACAGGAUGUUUAACCAGGAAGAAAGACAAUCUCUGUCCCGGGAUAAACGUCUUGCAAUAGUUGAUCCUGAUGGUUUUCUGGCAGAUUUUUGUUGCUCAUCCACACAAUUUGACAAGAGUGCUGAUGACACACAGCUUCAUGGAAGUGAUCAUCAAACUAGCAAAUCUUUAACUUUUCCAAACCAGACUGCUAAUACCCAAAUGAGAGACAAGUCAAGCACAGCAGAGUCUUUAAUGUGCAACAAACUUCAUGUAGUGCCUAACAAUAUUGUGAGUCCACCACAAGAAAACACUUCUGUUAAAAAGGCAGAUCUUGCAAAAGCUUUAACAUUUGAGAAAUGCUCUUCUGAAAGCUGCUCUCCUGAAAGCCAACAUACGGCUCCUUCUGAACAAAAAAUCGCUCUUAAGGGUCUUGACAAGUUGAAUGAAAAUUCUUUAGCUUCUAAAGAUCAUUCAUCUAAAAUCUUAUCAAAUGCAGAUCGUGGUAUGCAUAAUAAAACUUGUUGGAAUACAGUUGAUUCUCAUUCAGAAACAGCAUAUAAUCAUUCCCUCCAAGAUAAAACUCCUCGGAGUUCUCCAAAGAAUGUGGAUUUGCCACAAGACAACUGGAAAGUUUCUGGAAAACCCCAAAAGGAUUUGCUUGUCAAUAAGAGUUUAGAAACUACAUUCAAAAAUAUAUUAGAACUGAAAAAGACUGAAAGGCAGCCACAAAGUGAGGCAGCUGCUAGUGGCUCUCUACAGUUAGAGUAUCCUAACUGUUCACAUAUUGCUCCGCAGGAAAACUGCCUGGAGAAGUUUAUUCCAGACCACAGUGAAAGCAUUGUAGAAACUGACUCUCUUUUAGAAGCUGCUGUAAAUAGUAUCUUAGAGUGUUAAUAGUUACAGUACUGUGGACAAAUCUCCCUUAGAAACAAAUGUGAAAAGAUACCACAAGUACAGCCUGACGUGUACUUUCUAAAGUAGGUUCUGUUCUUUGUUUGAGAGCAAUACUCAUUGUGGUUACAGUGAGGUAUCCAGUAAUGUAAAACCUUAAGAGAAAGCUGUUUGGUAAGGCCUAUUCAUUGGCUGUGAUUGAAUGUAAUUCUCAACCAUGUUCUUUACCAUUUCAAGAAUGAUUCUCAGUGAGCCUUUCCCUUCCCUCUCUUUUUCCAAUUCAAUUGCACUGGUAAGAUCAGAAGCUUUUGUUUCUAUUUUAGACUAUAGUUUAAUGUGUUGCCUGAGGUUGAACCUAUAAUUAAUAACUAAACCAGAUUCAUGAACUGUGAUUGACAAUUGUUGGCUUUUCAAUAGCUACAAUUAGGGUUGUAUAAUCCAGAGUUGGCAACAUGACAAAACUGGUUAAUAAAAUAUGGAACAGAAAAUUCCCAACAUCUUUAUCAUGAUCUGUGGCUAAGUGUUACACUCUAACCACCGGAUUACAUUGUUGUAUAAACAGUUUUAAUGUUGUAGCUUAAUGAAACAUUAAUUUACUAAACCCUACAUAAUGUAGUAUACCGGUAUUGACAAUCACAGUUUAAUAAGAGGUGUAUUAAAUACCGUCAAUAAUUUACAUUUAAUAAGGAAAUUGUUCUCUAUAUCUCCUGUCAAGAUUUAAAUUUCUGUGGUUAAAAAUUCUACAGUUUACCUCUUUGCAGAAAUGUCUUUGUUAGGUUUACAAGAAAUAGAGAAAAAAUUGUAAACUGAGAAAUUAUAAGCAGAGUUUACAGAGCUUUAUACUUCAAGUGCUAUUCAGCUGCUCCAUAAGCAGAAACCAAUAUAAUUUAGAGGAAUGACAUUGUAGAGUUUAAGUUACAAUGUGGUAUGGAACAAUAAACAUAAAGUUUAGAAAAGCUAAUAGAUGGGAACUUUUAAAAAGAGGCUGUAAAGUAGUCAUGCACAUACCAUACACAUACACAAAAACACAUUUUUGAUUGACACAUUGAUUCUUCAGCAAAAGCUUUUGUAUUUUAUAAUUGGAUAUAAUCAACUAAAUAUUUCUGGUAUAAUGUUUUUCUAAACCAAGUAUGACAAGCAUUUUUACUUAAAAAUUGUGUUGUUAUAGUAGAUGUUUAUAGUUUAAGGAGUACUAGCCUUAAUCUGAACAAAUUAAAGAACAGUGUUAUUUUGGUUGUUUCUGAUUCUGAUUGUUCAGAAUGUUAAUCCAUUUGCAGCAGUGGUCAUAUUACCAAAACACAUACAAACCAAAGUUAGAUUUCUAUACACUAACAAAUUUACAUGUAAAAGCAUAUAUCUCAUAAUCUAGAGCCAAAAGAACCUCAUGCGUGGUUUGCAUUUGGCUGGUGAUCAUAUUGAUAAUGUAAAUUUCUUUAUUAUUUAAAUCUACAAAUUUCUCCUUUUAGGUUGCCAGGCUUAAGGAAAAAAGUAUACAAGCUUUCUUUAAUACUGUUUCAUACAAUUAUGCCUGCUCAAAAGGACAGAGAACUGUGAUUUAUAAGACAUUUUGUCUGCAGCUUCUCUUUACAGGAAUAUUUAAAAUUUAUUGAGGACUCUUUGAUCCUGAUCUGAUGGGGAUCUUUCUCUUCCAUUCAGCUGUAAAGCCCCAUGUAGUUUUGCUACGGAGCAAUGAUGAACUGGUUGUCAGUCAGAUUGCCAGAAUUGUUCAGAAAGAGUCAUAUUUUCCUUUUUUUAUUCCAAAUAAUGUAAUGCAAAACUGUAUUCUGUUAUAUUAUUCAACACAGAACACACUACCAUCCUUGUAUUGUGGCCAUAUUGCCAUGGAUUAAUAAAAUAUCAUUUAAUUCAGCAAAAGAGUAACAACAGUUAAUGUACAAUCCACAUAUAAUAGGAAUAGAAACAUGGAGUUUAGUUUUAUUGCCUCCUUUUUUUUUAAAAAAAGUGUGAUUUUAAAGUCACAGGCUUAUGAUUUUGUACACUUCAUGGCAACCAUAAUUUAAAUAACUAUAAUUUUCACAAAUUUAUUUUUUGCGAGGAUGGCUUUAAUUAUUUCUUUUAAGUAAUAUAAAGAGAGUAGAAGGUGGUUUUCCCUCAAGGUUUUGUGAAGGAAACAUAAUUGAACUGUAACCAUAAUGAGGUAAUUUGGAAAGCAGGGUGUAUAUUGCACCAGUCACAUAAAUUAGUUUAACUAGUAUCUGAUUGGAAAUGUAAAACAAAAAUAUUCACAUUUGUACAACUUCUUAUUUUGGUUUUACCUGCUAGUGUAAAGUUCCCAUUGUAUGUACAGACUAUUCUGAACCUAAAUACCAAAAUAAAGUGUAUAUGUUUUGAAUCUUAGGUGAGAGUUUAAUUUUAGAUAACGUCUUAGCCAAGACAUCUGAAAUGCACUUCAUCAAUGUGGAUUAAAUCAUACCUAUAUUUAUCCCAGGAUUUUGUGCUGGGAACCCACUGAACAAAGUUCAGCUGAAUUAACCUGGGAUAGCUAAUGUAUUUUAUUUAUUAAACUGAACUUGGUUUUAGAGUUCUGAAUAUUUUAAAUGGUAAUGCAGUAAAAAUAUUUUUGUUCAUUGUAAAGAAACAAAGUGUGAAUUUGUUAUGCAGCCCAUGGUCCUGAAUCCAGUGAAGGCCAUUUAUUUGUGCUUACCUGCUUUGUAGAUUUGGUCUCUUGACUACCUGAUGUCUUUCCACAUUGUCUAAACUUAAAACAUUUUUAGCUGGCAACUAUAAAAAAAAUCUGAUUCAACAAGGUCAGCAUAACUGAUCUGUUAGAUUUGGGAGGCCUUACAGACUGACUUUACCGAAAGAGGAUGUGUCACUUUUUGUCAAUGUAAUAUGAACUUCAUUUGCUUAAAAACUUUCAUUUGUAUAGUAUGUCUCACUUGAAAUUGCUUUGUAUACAUUUUGUAAAAAUAUUUAUAAAAUGUUUUGUAAAAAAUAUAACAAAUUGCAGUUUAUUUUGUUAUGUUGGAUAAAUACUGUUAAAAUACACAUAUUGGUAAAAAUAUAUUGUUAACCCAUGAAUAGGAAAUGUUUAGCUGGAUACUACAAAUUGAAACAACCAUUGCAAUACAGCCAAAGAUUUGGGAAAAAUCA